AUUUCGAUAGGUGGCAGCACUUUCAGAAUUUUUUAGAUUUUGUGUAGUAAUUUGUAUUUUUCUCGACUGGCAAUGUGAUGUAAUGUACAAUAGCAACGAUCCCAAAGGCAAGCCAAGUGAUGCAUCAAUCAAGACAAGAUUGAUUUUCACUGUUGUUAUUGAUCUUUUCCGUGGACACUGGAGUUUUACAGACUGCUGAAGAUAUUGCUAUAUAAAUAUUUGGAAAAAAGUUUUUUGCUUGUUUUUAAAAAGCAAUUGAACUCAAAAUGAGCUACAGUAUCAAAUCAUUCUUUGCCAUGCUCCUGCCAAAAUUCUUUUGGAAACGGUACAAAUUCACAAUCUUAUUCGGAUCGAGUAUCGUGACCAUGCUAUGGCUCCUCUCAACUUUAAAAAACAUUGCGAGCUUGAAAAGUGGUGAUGUGUUCUCCGAUCCCGUACCAGUGCAGCGUUUUUUUGGAUCGCAGUUCACAAAAUAUAACAUACGGAAACCAAUUCCUGAGACGUGGUUACAGCGGACUAAAUGCCCGGCAUGUUUCGGGGAAGACUUUUGCCAGGCGAUUAAAAGGGAGGAACUUGUGCUGACUGUCGAUAAAAUGUUCGUUCCAGAAGUAGCAAAUUUUGCUUUCGGGACUUACAGGAAUGAAAACGUGGUCGUGAAACGUCUGGGAACGAAUCAUUAUUUUGAUGUUUACGAUCAGUUUAUUUGUGGGAAUACUACGAAAGUUUCGGAGGGAUGUGAUGUCGGGGAUACAGCGUGGCGGAGUUAUAUCGGCUCCCAGAAUGCAAUGUUGAUAUCCGAGCUGGAGACAGCGUAUAAGUUUGUGGGGAAGCCCCCAGGACAUUUGACUAAUAACCUUUGUCUGACUCCCAAGCUUCUAAAGGAAAUGGAACACCUCUACAGUCGUUUACGAGAUAGUAUUACUGUGCAGGAAAGAGCUGUCAUGUACACCUCCAUGCUAAUCAACUAUGAGGCUAUACUUGGAAAGUACCUAACAGCAAAACACAGCGACAAAUGGAAAUUCCCAAUGUACUAUGGCGCAUGCGGGCGUAUUGUGAUCGAAGAACAUGGCGGGAUCCCACUGGCAAGAUAUACCGCAGCACCGUGGAAAAUGAGAGCGGCGCUCGGUCUCCAGCUGCUGCGAAUGAUCGAGGACUUUGUGGCAAAAGAUGCAGAGUGGUUGAUCAUCUACCCAGAUAUCCGUUACCCAAACUUCGCCGUCGACAAAGACGGUUACGUGCUUGCAAUCGAUCUCGACAAUGUUAUGAUUAUUGAUAAGAAAAACGUGGAGAAUUAUAUUAAAAACGUAGAAGUCCCCGAAUACUGCAACGGUGAUUGUUUUCGGAGCUUGGCGCAAGGUUUCCAGUCCGAUCUCAGCCAACGUCCUCAACAUUGCGCAAAAGUUAGCUUGCUAGCAAAGGAUUUGAUGUAUGCUAUGCUCUGCCAGAAGAUUUUCUCCGACUCGAGUGAUCAUAAGGGAUAUCAUAUGUUCGAUAACAAGAAGACGUCCGUCAGGCAAGAAAGGGGAUUAUUACACAGCCCACCAGAGGACACGGUCUACUUCCAACAACUUCUAAACGAGUGCGUCGCCCAGACGGGCCCCGACGGACGGCACGAAGCAGUCUCGCAGAUAAAGUCGUUCUUGGAAAAGUUUGCGUUGACGAGUAAUUGAGCCUCUCAGGAAACGUCAAUGUUGUUCUAUCCAUGUGUGCAUUAUCAGAGCUAAGAACUUCAUGACAAUAAGGAUUAUCGUUUUGGACUGUGAGUUUGAUUGUUGACAAAUCCUACCAGGAUAAAUCUGCUCAGGUGCAGAAGUGUCGGAAAGAUUUAGUGCCUACUGCGAAUAUUUGUACAAGUAUCUAACGAGAUGAAACAAACUGGAAACGUAUUGGUUGAUAGAGUUACUCAAAUUCAAAAGUAUGCAAUCUUUUUUUUAUCACUUAGUAUAUUCAUUCCUAGUCUUCACCAGUGAAAUCAAAGUUUGUAUUGGUAUAUUUUUU